AGUUCACUUCCUUUCUUGCUUCAUUUCUCACGUUAAGCUUACCUUGCUGCGUUUGCUUUACCUUGAUCGCGAAGCUUGCUUCGAAGUUCAACUCCAAUGGCGCCAAAUAGAGAGACCCCCGUCGGAUCGUACCCUGAAGCUACCGACAACACCCGGGGCAACCCUCCGAUACUUUCGGUGGAGACCCUUCAGAGAACCGUCUCGGACGUCACCUCCGAGCUCAGCAAAGAAGCCAUCCGCGAAGCUGACGGCGAGGCGAGGCUGCCGCUGCCGAUCCAUGAGCUGGAGGAUGCGAGGUGCGAGUGCUGCGGGAUGUCGGAGGAGUGCACGCCAGAGUAUGUGAGCCACGUCCGUGACAAGUUCUCGGGGAAGCUGGUGUGCGGGCUGUGCGCGGAGGCGGUGCGCGUGGAGAUGGAGAGAGGCGGUGGGAAGAGCUGGGAGGAGGCGCUCGCCGCGCACAUUGACGCGUGCUUGCGGUUCAACAGGAUCGGGCGGGCGUACCCAGUGCUCUACCAAGCGGAGGCCAUGAGAGAGAUCUUGAAGAGGAGCUCGAGCGGCGGUGGCGGCCCUAGGGCCAAGUCUAUCAGCCCUAGAGACGGAGGCGGGCUGAAGAAAGCGGCCAUCGCGAGGAGCUCGAGUUGCAUGCCGGCCAUCACGAGAGGAGCUAACUACGACGGAACGGCAGUCAAUUGAAGCAGGCUAAAGAUGAUCGAUGGCCAGUCGAUGUAUAGUGUGACC